AGAAAGAAAGAAAGAAAGAAAGAAAGAAAGAAAGAAAGACAGACAGACCUGGGUUGUGUUGUGAGGAUGCUGGCCAGGCCAGACACUACUGUCUGGUACAGUACAGAUACUAGCAUGGAAGAGGUUCCCCUCUGGACAAAGAAGGGACAUUCUACUUACUAAUGAUUUUUAAAUGACAUCUACCUUGACCAGAUGCAGAGGGGAAAGUCAUCUAUCUAUGUGUGUGCAAAACUCAGUCAUGUUCAAAUAAAGAACAUGAUAAACUAAAGCAGGAAGAAGUUGCCUUUGGUAGGCGCCCUUUCCUCUCAAGUGGCUCAUUUGAGAGCAUUUGCCUCCUCUGUGUUGGGGCUUUAAAACUCGUUCGUUGUCACAUAGGUGUCAUUUUUAUUUCAAGGGCUUCUUUCUCCUGAUUCUAAUUUAGGUUUUGCUAAGCAAAGGCCAAUUUCAUUUUAGUUCUUGAGUGUCAGUUGCAGAUCUGCUGAGCAGUUUGUUUGCUUGUUCUUGUGGGUUCUGCCUUCAGGUUUGAUGCUUGCCUUUUUUUCCCCUUCCUCCUCAAGAGUGUGUUCUACUUUAUUCAGAUUAUCUUCAUCAGUGAACUGAAAAAGUAAGCUUACUCUCAAAAGGGAGAAACAUUUUCAUAAUGGAAACACAAAAUUAUAAUAGGCUAACGAAAGAUUGUAGACCUUGAAAGUCAAAAUACUUAGGUUAAAAUAUUUAGAGGCUUCUUUACCCAGGCAUUUAUUUUCACGUGAAAUUAUGCAACUCAUUCAACAAAUACGUCUGAAGCCUUUGUUAAGUGCUCAAGUGGGUACCGAAAUGCAGUGGGGAACAAAUCAGAUGUUGUCCUGUCCUCACAGGUCUGCUUCAUUUUUAGUUUAAUAUUAAAAAAAAAAAAAAAAAAAAACAACUUCCAAUGUGACCCUUCCCUGUAGCAUGAUUUAACUAUCAAUAUUUUUGUAGGCCCUCUACUACAAAGCCAUCCCUGCUCAUUCUUUGAUAGCAUCCGACCUCUGGACAUACCACUUGAAUUUUGUUUCUCGGUCCUAUUUCCUUCACUGAAGAAAAAGGCAGUCACCCCAUUGUAGAACCUUGUCGAAGGAAAAAGACUUCACAUUUUACCUUCUCCUACAGGAUAGUAACAUUCUAAAGUUGCAGUAAUCAAGGUGAAAAUGUUUUUCUUAAGUUUGAAACUGAUAAAAUCACACACUGAUUAUGUGAUAAUGCAGGCAACUUACAAAGCCUGGUUUUUCUUAAAGUUACCCGGCUUUGAGCAUUUCCAUUGUUCUUUUUCACAUUUUUCAGAACAUGAAGAAGGAGCGAAGUGAAAGUCUGAUGUGUCAAAUUGUGAAAUGUUUGGUUGUGGUGGGAAGGUAGAGAGGUGGAUGGAAACUGUCCAGGAAACUGGACAAAACAAGUUAGUGGGCUAUAAUUAUAUUAAUGGCUAACACUUAUUGAGUGCUUGCUAUGUACUUUGGAAUGGUCUAGGAAUUUUAAAAUGCUAAUAGUGAUAUAAAAACAACAUAUAUGUCUUGAGGGCCAAUUCUAUGUCUGUCCCUGUUCUUGGCCAUGUAAAGGUAUUUACACAUUUAAUCUUCAGAAGAACAAUAUGAGAUAGGUGGUAUCAUUUGUGAUUGUUUGGAAAAUGAGAGAACAGAUUUCAGAGGGAUAAAAUAAUGUGUUUUAAGGUCCAACUUGUAAGUGAUAGGGUCAGGAUUCAAGUCCAUGUUUUUCUCACUUGAAAGCUGAUAGAGUAGCUCUUGGUAGAAUCCUUUUUACUGAGCAAUGCUUAUUUUCAUUCCCUUACAAAUUUAUGAACUGGCCCAAUUAGUCCGAAAAGUGCCCAGGCAGAGACUCUUGGUUAAGCAUUCAUAUCCACUCUGUAUUUUUGAACACUCUUUUGUGAAUUCAUUAGUGGCCAUGCCAUACUCUUCCCUCUGAGAAAAAUACUUACGAUACGCCUUCCAAACAUUUAUUGAACACCUAUUACAUACAAAGAUUAUGUGCACUUAUGUUUAUGGGCAUAAAUUAAACUAUCUGCAAGGAAUGAUAGAGAAUGUAAAGAUUGAGAAAGCCAUUGUGCCAAAACGUUUUGACACUCUUCCUAUUGAGAGGUAAGGUCUGUGUCUCCCUGCACUUGGGUGGGCUUAUGAGUACUUGGACCAAUAGAAUACAUGGAGUUCAUGACUUCCAAGGUUUCCAAGGCUGGGUCAUAAAAGGCCAUGGUAACUGUCACCCAGUCUUCCUGGUUGGUACCCCUGCCCUGGGAGAGGUCAGCUACAAUGUAUGAAUUUCACCUAUUCUGACACUGCCUUGCUGGAGAGGCCACAGCUCCAAGAGACCGUGAAAAGGAAGUUGGAAGGAGCUCGAUCACCACUUAAUGGAGACCAACAGAAUGGUGCUUGUGAUGGGAAUUUUUCUCCAACCAGCAAGAGAAUACGAAAGGACAUUCCCACAGGGAUGGAAACCAUCAACAUGCCGCUGCCUUCAGCUUCUCCUCUUCACCAACUUGACCUGAAGCCUUCUUUGCCCUUGCAGAAUAGCGGAAGUCACACGCCCGGGCUUCUAGAAGAUCUAAGUAAGAAUGGUAGACUCCCAGAGAUCAAACUUCCUGUUAAUGGUUGCAGUGACCUGGAGGAUAGCUUCACCAUCCUGCAGAGCAAGGACCUCAAGCAAGAGCCUCUGGAUGACCCUACUUGCAUAGACACAUCAGAAACGUCUCUUUCCAAUCAGAACAAGCUGUUCUCAGACAUUAACCUGAAUGACCAGGAGUGGCAAGAACUAAUAGAUGAGUUGGCCAACACGGUUCCCGAAGAUGACAUACAGGACCUGUUCAACGAAGACUUUGAAGAGAAGAAGGAGCCAGAAUUCUCGCAGCCGGCGACCGAGACCCCUCUCUCCCAGGAGAGCGUGAGUGUGAAGAGCGACCCCUCUCACUCUCCUUUUGCACACGUCUCCAUGGGCUCUCCCCAGGCCAGGCCUUCUUCUUCGGGUCCUCCCUUUUCUACUGUCUCCACGGCCACUAGUUUACCUUCUGCUGCCAGCACUCCCGCAGCUCCAAACCCCGCCAGCUCACCAGCAAACUGUGCUGUCCAGUCCCCUCAAACUCCAAACCAAGCCCACACUCCGGGCCAGGCUCCACCUCGGCCUGGAAAUGGUUAUCUCCUUAAUCCGGCAGGAGUGACAGUGGCUGGUUCAGGGUCGGGCCCCAUGGCGGUGCCCAGCUCCGACAUGUCUCCAGCGGAACAGCUCAAGCAGAUGGCUGCGCAGCAGCAACAAAGGGCCAAACUCAUGCAGCAGAAGCAGCAGCAGCAGCAACAGCAGCAGCAGCAACAGCAACAGCAACAGCAACAACAGCAACAGCAACACCAACAGCAGCAGCAGCAGCAGCAGCAACAGCAGCAACAUUCAAACCAGACUUCGAGUUGGUCUCCUCUAGGGCCUCCGUCCAGCCCCUACGGGGCAGCUUUCGCUGCAGAAAAACCAAAUAGCCCAAUGAUGUACCCCCAAGCCUUUAACAACCAAAACCCCAUAGUGCCUCCCAUGGCAAACAACCUGCAGAAGACGACAAUGAAUAACUACCUCCCUCAGAACCACAUGAAUAUGAUCAAUCAGCAGCCAAAUAACUUGGGUACAAACUCCUUGAACAAACAGCACAACAUUCUCACGUACGGCAACACUAAGCCUCUGACCCAUUUUAACGCAGACUUGAGUCAGAGGAUGACCCCGCCGAUGGCCAACCCCAACAAAAACCCCUUGAUGCCCUACAUCCAGCAGCAGCAGCCUCCGCCCCCGCCCCCGCCACAGCAGCCACCCCCGCCGCCGCCACCGCCGCAGCUCCAGGCUCCCCGCGCGCACCUGAGUGAGGAGCAGAAGCGCAUGCUCCUCCUGAAACAGAAAGGAGUGAUGAGCCAGCCCAUGGCUUACGCCGCGCUUCCGUCCCACGGUCAGGAACAGCACCCAGUUGGACUUCCCCGGACCACAGGCCCCAUGCAGUCCUCCGUGCCCCCAGGCUCCGGCGGCAUGGUCUCCGGAGCCAGUCCCGCAGGCCCUGGCUUCCUAGGCGGCCAGCCCCAGGCAGCCCUCAUGAAACAGAUGCUCAUUGAUCAGCGGGCCCAGUUGAUGGAGCAGCAGAAGCAACAGUUCCUGCGGGAGCAAAGGCAGCAGCAGCAGCAGCAGCAGAUUCUAGCCGAGCAGCAGCUGCAGCAAUCACAUUUACCCCGCCAGCACCUCCAACAGCAACGGAAUCCAUACCCAGUGCAGCAGGUCAAUCAGUUUCAAGGUUCUCCCCAGGAUAUAGCAGCCGUGAGAAGCCAGGCAGCCCUCCAGAGCAUUCGAACAUCACGGUUGAUGGCACAGAAUGCGGGCAUGAUGGGAAUGGGACCCUCCCAGAACCCAGGGACAAUGGCCACGGCAGCAGCCCAGUCGGAGAUGGGACUGGCCCCUUAUAGUAACACACCUACCAGCCAACCCGGAAUGUACAGUAUGAGCCCAGGAAUGACCCAAAUGUUGCAGCACCCAAACCAAAGUGGCAUGAGCAUCGCACACAACCAAGCCCAGGGGCCAAGGCAGCCCGCCUCCGGGCAGGGGGUUGGCAUGGUGAGUGGCUUUGGACAGAGCAUGCUGGUGAACUCGGCCAUCAGCCAACAGCACCAGCAGAUGAAAGGGCCCGUGAGCCAGGCUCUGCCAAGGCCCCAGGGCCCACCGAGGCUGCAGGGCAUCAUGGGCACGGUCCAGCAGGGAACGCAGAGCUGGCAACAGAGGAGCUUACAGGGGAUGCCUGGGAGGACUAGUGGAGAACUGGGAUCAUUCAACAACGGUGCGAGCUACCCACUUCAGGCUGGCCAGCCGAGGCUGACCAAGCAACACUUCCCACAGGGACUGGGCCAGGUUGUGGAUGCUAACACCGGCGCGGUGAGAACCCUCAACCCAGCUGCCAUGGGUCGGCAGAUGAUGCCACCGCUGCCGGGGCAGCAAGGCGGCGGCCAGGCCAGGCCGAUGGUCAUGUCCGGCCUAAGCCAAGGUGUCCCCGGCAUGCCAGCGUUCAGCCAGCCCCCGGCACAGCAGCAGAUGCCCAGUGGCAGCUUCGCCCCAAGCGGCCAGAGCCAGGCCUACGAGCGGAACCCCCCUCAGGACAUGGCAUACAAUUACAGCGGCGAAGCCGCCGGGGCUUCCUUCCCCGGCCUCUCGGACAGUGCAGACCUCGUGGACUCCAUCAUCAAAGGGGGGCCGGGGGAUGAGUGGAUGCAGGAGCUCGAUGAGUUGUUUGGGAACCCCUAGUCAAGAGGAGGCCCCAAGAGCCACAACUCUAGUGCUGAAAGCUUAAAACGUGAGAAAGAAACAGGAUGUCGAGCCAUCCCUGUUUUUCGUUUUUUUGACCCACGGAAACUGAGCAAAACUGCAGCUGGCCCACAGUGAAAGAUCCAGGUGCCAAUCGCAGCCCCCACUGGGCCUCGUUUCACCUGAUUUUCACACAGCACUCAAGACAACACGCCACGCAGGUCCCUGCUGCGAGAGAGGGAGACACACUGGAGGCAGGUGGGGAAGACAGAUCUGAAGCCCCUCGGCGCCGCACUCCCUGUGCCCGCCCGGCCCAGGGAGAGCUGCUCCAGCCCGUCACUCUGCUGCCCGGUGUGGGGUGUCCGUCAGCCCCUCCUGGCCCAGCUCCGGAGACCGCAGAGCCCGGGGCCGGGAAGAAUCCCACGGAGGCUGCUGGGUGGUGGCACAGGCCAAGAGCGCAGGUCAGAAGGGCGCUGAACUCUGGCUGGAAAGAGCUGUCAGGCGUCAAGACGUGCUACUGUGUUUGGAGGGUGGACACGAAGAACAGUGAGAUGUCACAGGGAGACUACAAAGGAUCUUACAAGCCUGUCUGCUGCCCGUGAUGACCCUCAGGAAUUUUAGAGGCGUUGCUGCUAGCUGCCUCUCAAGGAAAGCCACGUGAGCCUAGAGAAGGGUCUGUCCGGCAGUCCUGGGGGAGGGAGCCCUCUGCUGGUGACCGUGGUGACGGUUCCCCGGGGCAGUUGGGCUGGAGCCUCCUGGGGCCUCGGUGCGAUACUGAUAACGUCCAGGCAGCUCACAUCUAUUUCCGGUGGCCACGGGGUGGAGAGACCCCGACUGGAUGCUGUGUCGUCUUUCCCCACACCCCUCCCCACCCUGUUCCUUCUUGCCUCCACCCCAUCCUACCCCUGCUUUUCCUUACAGACUAUUCUAGAAGAAAUGAAGCUUUUGUCUUUAGGGGUCCUGGGCAGAAUCAGAAUAAAUGCAAGAAUGUAGACCGUGCCUGAAAUGCAAAGGCAACACUGGAGUUUUUUUUCUCUAACAUGUAGUCGAGUGAAUAUUCUCUGCCCGGAACUGAGCAGGCCCCUCUGAUGUUCGACAGUGGGUUUAUAGGAGCCACACCUGACACUUCUGGGACACCCUGGGAGGAAUGGCCCCGAUGGUCGCUGACUCUGGCUCCCUUUGGAAAAACCCCAGGGGUGUUGCUCUGAAAUUGGCCUUGCCCUUAAUCGCUACUCACUGGAAAGACAAAUCUAAAACACUGAGAGACAAGGAACUGAAAAAUCAAUUGCCCCACCUUACACAUUUUGAUGAUGAAAAGAAGGAAGAUACAAUUCCUCCCAUACGGGCAAAGUAAUCCGCUCAGAAAGUCCUGUACAGUCGUUCUCUUUGUAAAUCACUCCAAUCUGCCCUAAGCGAAGUCUGUCGGAAGGGAUGACAACCUCUACCACUUCCUGUAAGGCUUGUCUUUUUAGUCCUUGCUGUUCCCACUGUCCCGUUUUUGGAGGCCAUGUGGCAUAAUUAUUAUCCGGAGUAAGAAUGGCGUGUGCUUUUCUCCCACCACCCACCUGCUCCGUGUCCGAAAGCCUGGCUCCCUCUGUACGCUCACAUGGACCCCGCUGCGCCACACGUGGGCCAAGGCUGUGGGAGGCUGGACUGGCUGUACUCAGAGGGGGUCCCGAGAAGGGGGCUCGAAUGGGAAGCUGGGGCCAGAGGAUGGAGACAGGCAGGCAGGCAAACACUGCCCUUGGCUUGCUCGCCACGUCCCAGGGUAGUGGAUCUCCUGAGCAAGGGGCAGGAUGGAGAGCAGGGGAGGCGGGGGGGGCGAGAGCCCAGGCAGCGGCUGUACCCUGGGAAGAGGUGGUGGCAGGCGACCGUAAGCCCUUUGCCUGGGGAGGGGCCACCACCAGGGAAACUCUUGAGUGGAAACAGAUAAAAACCAAAAAACAAAAAACAAAAAACAAAAAAAAUACACAAAGUAAACAAACAAGAAGACAGAAAGCAUAAUUACCUUUUUCUGAAAGGUACAGGAAACAAAUAUAUAAGCAACGAUGAGAAACUGGGAGUGGCUGAUGGAGAGAAGGGGGCUCCGUUACCUUGUAAAAGCUUCCUCCAAAUGCUUAGUACUGGGACCAACUAAAUAGAGAGGUAGAUUUUAAUAAGGUCGUUUUGUUUUUGUUUCUGUUUUUGUUUUUACUACGGUGCUGAUGUAUAUGUAAUGUCUAAAAAAGUUAUUUGUAAAUAAGUUUUUACAAUACUGCAGAUAUCACUGGGUCUACUAUCUGUAAAAAAAAUAUACAUAUAAAUAUAUAUAUACUGUUUGUUUAAAAUAGAGUAUUUUUAUUUCAUUCUUUAACUCAUCAUCACAGCAGUGGUAUCGCACUUCAGAUGACAUCUAAUGACUAAUUUGUACUGUAUGACCUAUGGCAACUUGCUCCAUUUUAUUCAGAUUUUUCUAGUUUUCUGUUUUUACUUUGUACAUUGAGCAUUGCUUAUUUCCUUUUAAGAAUUAUGUACAGAACUCGGAAAUGUAGAAAUGAAGUGAUGUUGACAUACCACUUUUAAAGAAAAGAAAACAAAUAAAAGAUCAUUAUCUGAAUCAA